UACAGCGGUCAGAACAUGGGAGACAUGGACCCUCAUAUCUUUGCUGUGGCAGAGGAGGCUUACAAACAGAUGGCCAGGGACGAGAGGAACCAGUCGAUCAUUGUGAGCGGGGAGUCUGGAGCAGGAAAGACUGUAUCAGCCAAAUACGCUAUGAGAUACUUCGCUACGGUCAGUGGCUCCGCCAGCGAGGCCAACAUAGAGGAUAAGGUCUUGGCUUCCAACCCCAUCAUGGAGGCCAUUGGAAAUGCAAAGACCACCCGAAAUGACAACAGCAGUCGCUUUGGGAAAUACAUCGAGAUCGGCUUUGACACCCGCUUUCGUAUCAUCGGUGCCAACAUGAGAACAUAUUUGCUGGAAAAAUCUCGAGUGGUGUUUCAGGCGGAUGAGGAGAGGAAUUAUCAUAUCUUCUAUCAGCUCUGUGCAUCAUCUCAUCUGCCGGAAUUCAAGAAUCUGAAACUGAGUAAUGCAAAUGACUUCCUGUAUACUAGACAGGGCCGCAGCCCUGUUAUCUGUGGUGUGGAUGACACCAAGGAGCUCUGCAGCACCCGAAAUGCCUUCUCACUGCUCGGUAUUAACGAGUCCUAUCAGAAGGGAUUGUUCCAGGUUUUGGCUGCUAUUCUUCAUCUGGGAAACGUGGAGAUAAAAGACAGAGAUUCAGACAGCAGCAUCAUCCCUCCCAACAAUCGCCACCUGACAGCGUUUUGCGAGCUGGUCGGUGUGAGCUACCAGGACAUGGCGCAGUGGCUCUGCCAUAGGAAGCUGAAGACCGCCACGGAGACAUAUAUCAAGACCCUCCCCCGUCUGCAGGCCACAAAUGCCCGUGACGCGUUGUCCAAACAUAUCUAUGCCAAGCUCUUCAACUGGAUUGUGGAGCACGUCAACAAGGCUCUGAUGACCAAUAUCAAACAGCACUCCUUCAUCGGGGUCCUCGACAUCUACGGGUUUGAGACAUUUGAAAUCAACAGCUUUGAGCAGUUCUGUAUCAACUAUGCCAACGAGAAACUCCAGCAACAAUUCAACAUGCAUGUAUUCAAGCUGGAGCAGGAGGAGUACAUGAAGGAGCAGAUCCCCUGGACUCUGAUCGAUUUCUACGACAAUCAGCCCUGCAUCAACCUCAUAGAGGCCAAGAUGGGCAUCCUGGACCUGUUGGACGAGGAGUGCAGGAUGCCUAAAGGUUCGGACGAUUCGUGGGCUCAGAAACUAUACAACACUCACCUAAAGACAUGUUCCCUCUUCGAGAAACCACGCAUGUCCAACCGCGCCUUCAUCAUCCAACAUUUUGCUGACAAGGUAGAAUACCAGUGUGGAGGUUUCUUGGAGAAGAACAAGGACACGGUGAAUGAAGAUCAGAUCAGUGUGCUGAAGGCCAGCAAGUUUGACCUGCUGGUGGAGCUGUUCCAGGAUGAGGAGAAAGCUACCAGUCCCGCUGGCCAGGUCCCCGGGACUGGAGGCCGGACCCGCCUCAGCAUCAAACCAGACAAGAGCCGUGACACGAGCAGAAAGGAGCACAAGAAGACAGUCGGCUGCCAGUUCCGUAACUCUCUUCAAAUGCUAAUGGACACUUUGAACGCCACCACUCCACACUAUGUCCGCUGCAUCAAACCCAAUGACUUCAAGUUGGCGUUCUCGUUUGAUCCUAAACGCGCCGUGCAGCAGCUCAGAGCCUGCGGUGUCCUGGAAACGAUCCGCAUCUCUGCUGCAGGUUUCCCAUCCAGGUGGACAUACCAGGAGUUCUUCAGCCGUUACAGAGUGCUGAUGAAGCAGAAAGACGUGCUGCAUGACAAGAAGUUAACCUGCAGGAACGUUCUGGAGAAACUUGUGCAGGAUCAGGAUAAAUACCAGUUUGGUAAAACCAAGAUAUUCUUCAGGGCUGGCCAGGUUGCUUACCUGGAGAAGUUGAGGGCAGACAAGUUGCGAGUUGCCUGCAUUCGAAUCCAGAAGACCAUUCGCUGUUGGCUGGCACGCAAGAAGUAUCUGCGUAAGCGCAAUGCUGCCAUCACCAUCCAGAGGUUCACCAGAGGAUACCAGGCUCGCUGCUUGGCCAAGUUUCUGCGUCGCAGUCAGGCAGCCACCAUCAUCCAAAAGUACCAGAGGAUGUACGUGGAGAGGAAACGCUUCAGGCAGAAGCAGGCUGCCGCACUGGCCAUGCAGACGAUCCUCAGAGGUUACAUGGCCCGACAGAAGUACCAGGCGCUGCUGCGGGAGCACAAGGCCGUCAUCAUACAGAAGCACAUUCGGGGCUGGUUGGCUCGAUGCUGGUACAAGCGCUGCCUCGUCUCCCUCGUCUACCUGCAGUGCUGCUUCCGCAGGAUGAAGGCAAGGCGGGCGUUGAAGAAGCUGAAGAUCGAGGCUCGCUCAGUGGAGCAUUUCAAGAAGCUCAACAAAGGCAUGGAGAACAAGAUCAUGCAGCUGCAGAGGAAGAUCGACGAGCAGGUCAAGGACAACAAGGUGGUCAGCGAAAGGCUAGCUGGUCUGGAGACUUCCUACACGGCCGAGAGCGAGCGGAUGCGUGGCGAGCUGAACCGACUGCGUGGAGUGGAGGAGGAUGCCAAGAACAAAGGCAACCAGGUGAACUCCCUGCUGGAGGAGCUGGAGAAGUUGAGAAAGGAGCUCCGUGUCACGCAGCAGGAGAAGAAGACCAUCGAGGACUGGGCGCAAACCUACAGGGACGAAAUGGAGAAGAUGGUAUCAGAACUGAAGGAUCAGAAUGGCUCGUUGAAGAAAGACAAAGAGGACUUGAACAGAAUGAUUCAGGAACAGAGUCAGCAGAUGACAGAGAAAAUGGCUCGUAUGAUAGCAGAGGAGACUCAGCAGCUGGAGACGGACCUGAACGAGGAGCGAUCUCGCUACCAGAAUCUCCUGAGCGAACACCUUCGCCUCGAGGAGAAACACGACGACCUGAAAGAGGCGAUGUCCUCGAACGUCUCCAAGCCUGGCCACAGGAGAACAGAUUCCACCCACAGCAGCAACGAAUCAGAGUACACCUACAAUUCCGAGUACGCCGAAUUGGAAGAAGGUUCCCGUGCCGCAGAAGAUGUGACACGAGGAAUGGACACACCGCUGACCCUCAAGCUGCAGAAGCGUCUCACAGAACUAGAGCAAGAAAAGCAGUCGCUGCGCAACGAACUGGAAAACAAAGAGGAACAAUUCCAGCGGGCUAGAGCCAGGGAUGAUGUAGAGUUUAAAAAGGCUCGGGGGGCAGAGCUGGAGUACGAGUCCCUCAAGCGUCAGGAGCUGGAGUCUGAGAACAAGAAGCUGAAACAUAACCUGGCAGAGAUGAGGCAAAGCCUGCUCGGUAAUGCGGCUGCAGGCGCCGGGGCUCCAGGCUCCCCAGCCUACAAGGUGCUCUUGGAUCAGCUCAACUCAUCCUGUGAGGAGCUGGACGUCCGCAAGGAGGAGGUGCUGAUCCUGCGCUCCCAGCUGGUUAGCCAGAAGGAAGCCAUGCAGCACAAGGAUGAGAAGGAGACCAUGACCGACACGCCUUCCUUUGUGGAUGUGUCCAAACUGAAGGACGCUGAUGAAAUCAAGCAAGCUUACAUCGGCCUCAAAGACACCAACAGAUCCGCUGCCCCAGACUUCCAUAAGCUGAACGAGGACGGAGAGCUGUGGCUGGUUAAUCAGGGCUUAAAGGAGACCAUCAGGUUACUGGAACAUCAGCUGCAGACUCAGCGGAGAACUAACGACAGUGAGGUGGAGGCCUUGCGCGGUGAGUUGCAGAAUGUCAAGGAGGAGAACAACCGUCAGCAGCAGCUCCUGGCACAGAACCUCCAGCUGCCUCCAGAGGCCCGAAUCGAAGCCAGUCUGCAACACGAAAUCACCCGGCUCACCAACGAGAACCUGGAACUCUUGGCUGACGACCCCACAGCAUCCCGAGAGGCUCGAGUCAUCAUUUUACGACGGAUGGUUGAUCUCAUGGAGCAGCUGGAGAAGCAGGACCGAACCAUCCGCAAGCUCAAGAAGCAGCUGAAGGUUUACUCUAAGAGGAUUGGAGAGAUGGGAGCGGGUCAAACAGAGGGCCAGACAUCUCCGGGACAGAUGGUGGACGAGCCAAUCCACCCAGUCAACAUUCCUCGUAGAGAGAAAGACUUCCAAGGAAUGCUGGAGUACAAGAAGGAGGAUGAGCUCAAACUAGUCAAGAACCUCAUCCUUGAGCUGAAGCCUCGUGGCGUUGCAGUGAAUCUGAUCCCAGGUCUGCCAGCCUACAUCCUUUUCAUGUGUCUGAGACAUGCAGACUACCUCAACGAUGACCAGAAAGUCCGCACUCUGCUCACCUCCAGCAUCAACAGUAUUAAGAAGAUCCUGAAGAAAAGAGGAGAUGAUUUUGAGACUGUCUCCUUCUGGCUGUCCAACACCUGCCGCUUCUUGCACUGUCUGAAACAAUACAGCGGUGAUCCGGCCUUCAUGAAGCACAACAGUUCAAAGCAGAACGAACACUCUCUGUCCAACUUCGACCUGGCAGAGUACAGACAGGUGAUCAGCGACCUGGCCAUCCAGAUCUACCAGCAGCUGAUUAAAUGCAUGGAGAACAUCCUGCAUCCCAUGAUAGUCUCUGGCAUGCUGGAGCACGAGACCAUCCAGGGCGUGUCGGGGGUGAAGCCCACAGGUCUCCGUAAGCGAACGUCUAGCAUCGCAGACGAGGGCACCGAUACCCUUGACUCCAUCCUGCGGCAGCUCAGCGCCUUCCACUCCACUAUGUGCCAGCACGGCACCGACCCCGAGCUCAUCAAGCAGGUGGUAAAGCAGCAGUUCUACAUCAUUGGAGCCGUCACCCUUAACAACCUGCUGCUGCGCAAGGACAUGUGCUCCUGGAGCAAAGGCAUGCAGAUCAGGUACAAUGUGAGCCAGCUGGAGGAGUGGCUCAGAGACAAAGGUCUGAUGACAUGUGGAGCCAAGGAGACUCUGGAGCCUCUGAUCCAGGCCGCUCAGCUGCUGCAGGUGAAGAAAAAGACCGACGAGGACGCCGAAGCCAUCUGCUCCAUGUGCCUGGCCCUCACCACUGCUCAGAUCGUCAAAGUCUUGAACCUCUACACUCCAGUCAACGAGUUUGAGGAGAGAGUGUCAGUCGCAUUCAUACGAACCAUACAGACUCGCUUGCGUGACCGUUGUGAAACUCCACAACUGUUAAUGGACACGAAGAUGAUUUACCCAGUCACCUUCCCAUUCAACCCUUCCUCCCUCGCCUUGGAAACCAUCCAGAUCCCAACAUCACUCAACCUGGCAUUCCUAACCCGUGUUUAA